CUGGUGUGGUGUUUCGGGCAGGGUGCCAAUUGUGGUAUAUUGUGUAAGAUUACGCGGGUGUUUACGAAGGAUUCGGCCAGAUUAGCGCUGGCUGUAGCUCGGUUUUGCACAGGUAAUUGUGCAAUGUUUAAUAAAAGCCAAAUAAGCUGAGAUUUCUCAUGGUGGGAGCAAGAGAUUCUGUCCAGGCAGAGGUUCAUCUGAUAGGACAGCUUUUAGGUGGCUCUGGAUUUCCAAGCACACAGCUUUUCUGCAGGUGGAACAUACAUACAGGGGGUGCCUGGCACCACCUGGAGGGCCUGAAGGAGGGCCAGACCCAGGUGGACAACCCACUGCUGGGUGACACAGCCAUCUGGGCACACCCCAUCGACGUCCACUACACUGUCAAGGGCAUCACUGGCUGGCCAAAGCUGGUGGUCCAGGUGUACUCACUGGACAGCUUUGGGCGCACUGAUCUCUGUGGCUACGGCUUUUGCAACCUGCCGGCGACCCCCGGCGCGCACAGGAUCGACUGCGUCACGUGGAGACCGACUGGCAGUCUGCGGGACGAGUUUCGGCAGCAGUUUGUGGGCGGUGGGCCUCAGCUGCGCUCCCCCGAGCUCGUCUACACGCCGUUGGAUCGCUACCGGCUGCAGACGGUCGCCAUGGGCACGGUCCACGUCCAGAUGAACGUCAUCCUGCGCAAUUUCGAGCAGUACGGCAUUGAGUACUGACCCGGCCGGCGGAGGACGCGCCGUGACGUCACCAUGUCGCCCGUCUGCCGCCUCUUGCUGCUGCUGGGCUGCCUGGCCACCGCCGACGCCAAUCUCGCCACAGAGGCGGACCCGUGCGCGCUCGGCGACUGCACCACCACUUCUGGUCUAGGUGGCGCUACGGUCGCUCCGGCAGGUGGGGCUACUGCCGCCUCGGCCCUGUUCAAAGAGGGCGCCAGCAACGCGACGGCGAAGCGCGCGGCCCAGAGCGCUCCGGCUGACGCCGGUGACCUGGAUGCGUCCGGCGCGGGCGAGCGAGACGCCUCCGGCGGGGACGGCCCAGUCACUCCCGCCGAGCAGGAGCCGGGCACCACGGCCGGCGUCGCCACCGAGCCGACC